UAUAAAUUCCUCAGCACCUCAGCACACAUCGCCCCACACAGCCAAAACAACAAGACAGCUCAACCAUGAAGGUGUUGGCAGUUUUUGUCGCUCUUGCAGUCUUCUCAGGCAGCCACGGCUGGUCCCUCAUGCACCGGGACGCUCCCAAGGAGCAAUGGGAGGUGGCCGUAGACCGCUUCUGGGAGUAUGUGGCCGACAUGAACACCAAGGCCGAGGAGAUCAGGAAGAACUUCCCCUCCGUACAGCUCAGUGACGACAUGGACACCCUUAUCAAGGACGUGACCGCCGACCUCACCAUGUACCGCGAUGACCUUGAGCAGAAGCUGGCCCCCCUGGCCAAGGACGUGUCCGCCAAGAUGACGGAGGACAUGAGCCUGCUGUCCAGCAAGCUGCAGGACCACCUGAACGAGGCCAAGGGCAGAGCCAUGGUGUACGCAGAGGAGCUCCAGACCAUGGCUGAGCAGAACAUGGAAGACGUCCGUGGCCGCAUGAACACCUACGGCCGCAAGCUGAGGAAACGCCUGGGCAAAGACACACAGGAGAUCCGCAGCAAAAUGGAGACCUACUUGGGUGAGCUGCAAUCCCGCACCAACGAGCGUGUGGAGUCCGUGAGGGAGCGUAUGGAGCCCUACGUGUCCGACGUGUACGAGCGCACCGAGCAGAAGGUGAACACCAUGGGCCAGCUGGUGAAGACCCAGGCCGACGAGGUGAUCGGGAAGCUGGAGAUCGGAGCCACCGACCUGAUUCAGGAGCUGGAGAAGACCGGCGAGAGCCUGCGCACCACCUUCGAGGAGAAGGCUGAGGAGCUCCGCACCUGGUUCCAGCCCUACAUCACCGAGAUCCAGGAGGCAGUGGAGAGCUGGGGUAGACAGUAGACAGACAGACAGAUCCCCUGACUGACUGAAUGUUGUUAAACGCAGUUAACCUAUGACCUCUGAAUGUUGUUGUGGUAGAGUAGCCCUAUAGAGUGUCCUGGGAUGGAUGACAUUCCAUUUCCCCGUGUCCUCUUUGUUGAAAAACACCUAGGCCUAGACCUACUCUUCAUAAGGGCUACGUUAUAACAUUAUUACCAUCGAACAAACGGAACACCCAACACAACCCCAAGACUGACAAUAUUGUUAACACAAAUUUCACGUGUUUUCCCAAUUGACUUUGUACAGUGUAUUAUGUGAACUGGCUGUGUAAACUGGAGAGUCACUCCGGUGGAACAAGAAGAUGCAUUGUAAUAUUUUUUUUCUCAAAAACAAUAAAUUAUUAAAAACCCUG